GCCAGGCAGCUCCGCAGCGCCAGACAACACGGCGCUGUUUUUUUUUUUCUACCACUGAGGAGCAUCUCAACAACUGAUCAUGGGUUCGUCCUCUUGGUAAUAUUGUCUGAACUGAAACGCAUCUGUAGAAAAAAACAACAACAACAUGGGUUCCAGACUGAGCCGGCAGAGCAGCCUGGACAAUGAGAAUUUCUCCAAAAAGCGACGCAAGCUUCUGGAUAGCACCGGAGAGAGCGAUAGGGGCAGCCGAGGCGGCGGGGACUUUCUGUUUGCACUGAUGCUGAAAUCGGACAAACUGCCCGGGAUGCUGCGGAGGACCAACCACAGCCCGUACAUGAGGCGGGUGGCGUGGAUCAAGGAGAUCCAGAAGCUGCUCCGAGAUCGCAGGAUCGAGCAGGCGACCGACGUGCUCAAAUUACUGAGGAAGGAUCUCGGUUUGGAAGGCACCUCGCUCAACGACAUCUUGUACAAAAACGCCGCCUUCCUCAACCUCGUGGACCCCAUCUCGCACGAGCUGCUGCUCAGCCUGGCUCGAGAGAUGCAGUGUCCUAAGAAGGAUGCAGACACUAUAAAGUCUUCAGAUAAGAUUUGCAGACAGCUGAUCUACCACCUGACCCCGCACUCAAAGUGGCUGAGGCAGAGCAUGUCCAGACGGAAAUCCCAGGCCUGUCUCAAGACAACUCUACAGAAGAAGCUGUCCAGUGACUCGGUCGAUUUAUCUGGCAUCCCGCUGUCCACCCGUGACGUCCGUCAGGUCGCCUUCUACCUCCAAAACAACAGAGACAGCGUGGUGGCCGUGGACAUCAGCUUUACUGAACUCCAGGACGACAACCUGAAGAUCCUCCUGCCUCUCCUCGCCACGCUGCCCAAACUCAGCACCCUGGCUCUCAACGGGAACCGCCUCACCCUUGCUAUACUCAAAGACCUCACCGAGAUGCUCAAGGACCCCAAGAUGUUCUCCAGCCUGGCCUGGAUCGACCUGGGCAACAACGUGGAUAUUUUCACCAUGCCUCAGCCGCUGCUGGUGGCGUUGCGGCGGCGCUGCAGCCUAAAGAGCAGCCUACCGACGAUCUACGAGUACACGGAGGGUCAACCUUACUGCUACCACCUGGAGACUUCCAUCGAGGAGCCCAGCCACUACGAGGAGGAAGAGGAGGAGGAGGACGAGGCGGAGGAGGACGAGGACGACAUGGGGAACAAAUUCGAGCUGGAGCCGUGGAGUUUGGGCGAAAAGCAGCUCUCCAAAGACUUCACCCUGCACUACUGUGAGAGGUGAUGGGGUCUUUCGCUCUCUGAGGCGUUGUCCCACGGCACUCCUUUACCUCCUUCGCCCUCUCGCCCUCACACCACGAGCCCAGUCACCCUCAGAGGCACGGGGGAGACCGGUGCCCACAUUGUGAACCUCUCGUCCCGACACGGCUACCAAGCUAUUCCUAACCAUCUCUGAGUUAACCCACACAAGAUGACAGUGAAGCGACGGUCACGGCGGCGGACUUACUGUGUUGGUGGAUGGCGCUCUUGGGAACAAGGUGCGGUUUCAUUGGAGGGGGGCUGGAAGAGUUAAUCAACCGGUGCUCUCUCUCUCUCUCUCUCUCCCUCUAUCACUCUCUCUUUCUCUGACAGUGGCAGCUGAGGAGCCAAUCCCAAGGAGAUUUAGAUCAGUUGGUUGGAUGGAGGAGCAGCAUCCCGGCGGUGGCUGAAGUUCGAGUUAGUUUGGAAACAGAGGGUCCCUCUGGGUUCUCUACCAGGACUGGGACUAUCUCUGGCAGGCAGGGCCUAGCUCCACAUUGUGUGUUCUCUGUUAAUCUCUCAACAAAAGCUAUGACACAAGUUCAACAGACUAUACAGCCGACGACCUGUCACGUGACGCUGGCAAAACUGCUAGGUCAAGACUUUUUGCGUUUUCCCCCCCUUUCCAAAUGUCCACUUGUGAAUACCCGCGCAGCCCUUGUGUAGAUGUAAAUGAGGACACAAAACAAGGUUCUCUUGUGUUUCCACGGGCUAUUUUUGUGCACUUUUGGUGAACAAAGCAAUCUUAGAAGACAACAGGUAGGACUCAACAAUGGGUAGCUGUCACGGAUUGUUUUUUUGUACUUGCCUAAAUGCUGAUAUUCACCUCUUUGUGAUUAUUGAGCUGCUGUCGUCACCACCACAGUGUUUCACUGCAUUUAUGACACAAGUGUUAAUGUGGGCCACCGAGUCUGAGCAGUGCCCAAACUGCUCGUCC